AUGCUCCUGCGCGUGAGCGUAGAGCGAGGGGUGAGUAUUGAGAGGCGCACUGUUGAAGGCGCGGAGGGUGCUGUGGUCGACACCUACUCAGAGACGAAGGUGAAAGACUUUGAACUCCGACUGAAACAGCACCUUUCUGCCAAAGAGAGAGCCUCAUCGGCAGUCGGCCUCGAGCCAGGCGAGCUAGUGCAGGAACACAGGUGGCGCAGUACCGGCGUAAUUCCAGCAGCUGACGGCAGUGCCCACCGCCGCGCCGGUUUUGAUACAAAAAAUAAAGGUGCUACUAAAAAUACUGCAACUUCCUCUGCCACCGACCAUGCAGGGUCAAAAGAAGAGCCGAAUUUUUCUUCUACCUUUCGCUCGACGAAAACAAAAAUGGCAGCCUCCAGCAGCGGCAAUGACACGACUGGUGCCCCACCGCCGGCACUGCGGGUGUGCUUUGUCUGCACGGGCAACACGUGCCGCUCUUUUAUGGCCGAGUACGUGGCGAAGGCGUUCCUUGUGGCAUCCAGUGAUGAAGCCGUCCGAGCAAAAACGAAACAUUGGCACCUGUGCUCCCGGGGCACCAGCCUGCGAGAAAGCGUCCCGCACCCGACGGCGCUGCAGGCGCUGGGAGAGAUCGCGGGUUUUCCCAUCCCGAACCCGGACCUGGAAAAACACCGGCCCACGGACCUCAAAAGCUCGCCGCCACACCUGCUCGUCGAGCCAGGAAAUGUCAGCCAGACCUACUACUUCUGCAUGACCCGCCAGCACCGGGAGGCGCUGCUCGCCCUGCUCGGUCCGGCGGCGUUCGACGGCCGGGCGAAGGUGUUUCUGCUCGCGGAUAAUUCGGACGACAUUAGCGACCCGUACAACGGCCCGAUAACCGAUUACCGUGACUGCUUGGAAACGCUGCAGAAAUGGACGCGCGUCGUGCUCCUGAAUUUGCAAGCGGGAAAAGAGCCUUUCGACUGA